AUGGGCUAUGAGUCAAAACACGUGCUCCCCAAUGGAAGCCUCUCGGAUCUGGGCACUAGCCGCCGGAACUCAAACAGAUUUCCGCAGAAUUUCUCCAGGAAACCUUCGUGUGGCGCCAGAGGCCUGGCCAAGGCGGAGGCGCAGGCGGAGCGGGAGCCCCCAGCGGAGGAGCCUGGGCCCAGGUCCCAGGCCAGGCGGCAACCCGAGGCAGGGCCUGGCUCAGAGCCGCUCCCGGCCUCUAAGCACGAGUCAGAGCAGUUCUUCGCAUCACCGUCGGAAAACCAGGUGUCCGAGAGACCCCGUUGCCACACCGACUGCCUGGAGGCGCCCCUCUCCUGCCUCUUCCAAAGGCUGGGAUGCGAAGAGGGCGCGCACCCCUGGAUCUUCCUGCUGGUGCCCAUGGUGCUGACGGCCGCUCUGGGCACCGGUUUGAUAUACCUGCCCAAGGAUGUAGAAGAAAACCUUGAGGAGCCGUACACCCCAAUAGGGAGCCCAGCCAAGGCCGAGUGGUGCUUUGUGCAGGAACGCUUCACCGCCAACGACUCUUACCACUUCUCCAUCUCCAGGAAGAGCACCGAGGUCUAUUUCGCUUGUAUGCUAGCGGUCUCCAACACCACCUCCCUGCUAGAACCAGCAAUCUUAUCAGAAGUUAGUAAAGUGGAUGACGUGAUCCAGGAUCUGUAUGCGAUGGGAGAAAACGGAACCCAGAUCCACUACAAUCAGGUGUGUGCCAAGCCCCAGGGUCUCUGCGUGCCUUCCAACCCACUCCUGUAUGCCUGGCAGAUGAACAGGGACCUCGACCUGAGAAAUGUCACUUUCCCAAUCUACAACCACACCGGUCAGCCCAUCUACCUGGCUGGCACCAUUGGAGGAACAUUCUUAGGUGAGAGGAUGGGAAUGAACCAGUUACUCCUGGAAGCCAAAGCCGUGAGGCUGCUCUACUACCUGAAAACUGAGGAUGGAGAGGACAACGAGCAUAGUAAGAAAUGGUUGACCCAUUUUGUGAACCAAUUUAGCAACAUUGAAAAGAGUCUGGCCUCGAAGAGGAUCCAGGUGGUCUACUUUACAUCAAUUCCUACACAACUGGAACUUGAAGCAACUUUGAUGACAGUGAUCCCUUUGUUUCACUUGGCAUACCUUCUAAUCAUAUUAUUUGCAAUACUAUCAUGCUACAGGUGA